GUUGACAUCGGUUCACCGUCCGCCCGGGUACAUUCCGUACGUACAAGAGGCGGUCGCGACGCUCUAGCUUGCAUUGCACCAGCGCGCAGAGCGGAAGGAGGUGGAAAGCGCCCAGAGAGAUCUCGAGAGAGAGAGAGAGGCUGGUCGGCACAUACUAGUUCAUUCCGUUUGGAUAGAGACGCACGCAACGCAGGCCACCACAACGUGAGGAGCGGGAGGAGGAGGGAGAGGGAGGAUGCAGGCGCAUCACCGUCAGUCGUACUACGCGGUGCUCGGCGUGCAGCCGGGCGCCACCGCCGCCGAGAUCCGCGCCGCCUACCACCGCCUCGCCAUGAGGUGGCACCCGGACAAGAUCGCCAGCGGCGGCGGCGGCGCCGAUCCGGCGCGCGCGGAGGAGGCCAAGAGCAGGUUCCAGCAGAUACACGAGGCGUACCAAGUGCUGUCGGAUGACAAGAGGAGGGCGCUGUACGACGCCGGCAUGUACGACCCGCUGGACGACGACGACGACCAGGAGGACGUCGAGGGAUUCCACGACUUCGUGCAGGAGAUGGUCUCGCUCAUGGCCAGAGAGGAGCCCGUGUACAGCUUGGCCGAGCUGCAAUCCAUGCUGGACGGGAUGAUCAAGGAUUUCACCGCGCCACAGCCUUGGCCUAGCGGCUUCUACACUGGUGGCGGUGGCGGUGGGGCGUCGUCGCCGUCGCCGCUCGGCAAACCAAGCAGCCAAGAGCAGAGUACGGCUUCGUCACGCUUGCAUCCCUACGGGUUCGGGGACGCGCCGUGCUUCAGCCGCACGGCGUUCUCACAAUGAUGGCGAUGAUGAAUAAAUAAAUUUAUACAUGGAUCGAGCUUUUAUCCUUCUGGCAGCAAUGGGGGUUUUCUCGCUCGUGGAGGUGGAGGGAGAGUAAGAACCCGUGAAAGCCAUCGUCCGCCAGGGUCAGACUCUGAUUGGCAGUUGCAAUUGCUUUGGACUGCGGCUGCAGGGAUGAAAGAAGGUGAGGUGGGAAGAUAGACCACAAGGGGCACGUAGUCGCCUAGAAUCUCCACCCACAAGGGGUGUUUGUUUGUUUGUACUGUUUGGUUUGGUUUGGUUUUCGUCUCUUGCCUGGCAUGGUAGAGAUGAGUUAUGCCAGAGCAUUUGUAUACAAGGGUAUGCCAUUGCCAUCAAGAAUAAGUUACGUCAAUACAAUUUGUACAUAAAUAAGAGC